GACAUUUCACACAUCGGAAAAAAUUUUCAUCAUCCGCGCAGCGAAUGUGAGUUUUGUGGAAAUCAGCCGAAACGAUUGUUGUGUAAUAAAUCCGGUAGAAUAUGCUACUUGGCCGCUUCGGGAUAAAGAUAGAAAACGAAUGAACCGCGUUGUCCAGUAGCUAGUGAACGGGAUCCAAAAAGUGCAGAAAUAAUGGCCUACCGCUUACUAACCUCGGCUCGAAAGCUAGAAUCGACAUUGGCAGGGCUCGGUCGACAACAUCGUACCGUCAACACGACCGAUUGCGACCAGAUUAUCCGUAGUCUGAGUUAUCUUCAAUCGAGUAAAAACAAAGUUUGGAACGAAUUCCUACACAGGAUUCAACUGUUCUGUGAGAAACCCCCGAAAGGUUUCGAAAAAUAUUACAAACCAGGAGGUGCCAGGAAAGGCGCUUCCGCCGAAGAAGUAUCCAAGGGUGCAAAGCCAGAACCUUCGAAUCCUUCGAAAAGUGCAGCAGGGUCACAGCAGCAGCAACAACCUCCGAAAAAUGACUGGAAUUUGGGUAUGUUUGGACCUCAGCCAGCUAGAGGCAAAAGUGGUGGCGGUGGAACAGGGGGCGGCGGAGGCAGCGGGCGUCCUAUUGGCGGUGAGGGUGGCGACAAGGAGAAAAUGAUGGUCUUUGGAGCGCUAGCCGGAGUGGCACUAAUAUCUGCCAUUGCGUAUUUUGAGAUGGGAUAUAAAGAAAUUGCUUGGAAGGAGUUUGUCAAUAACUACCUUGCUCGAGGAAUCGUGGAUAAAUUGGAGGUCGUCAAUAAAAAGUGGGUUCGUGUUCGAUUAACAGCAGGCAACACCUCGGACUCGGGCACACUCUGGUUCAACAUUGGCAGCGUGGAUUCCUUUGAACGCAACCUAGAGAAUGCACAAACGGACAUGAACAUUGAACCGGUUAAUUUUGUCCCGGUAAUCUAUCGUAGUGAAAUCGAAGCCGCUAGUCUUACCGGCCUCUUACCAACGCUGUUAAUCAUUGGUUUCCUGAUCUAUAUGAUGCGAAGAUCGUCGGAAAUGAUGGGCGGCCGUGGUGGACGUAAGGGUGGUGGCCUUUUCGGUGGAGUCAUGCAGUCUACGGCAAAAUUGAUCAAUGCAAACGAAAUCACUGUUGGUUUUAAAGACGUAGCUGGUUGCGAAGAGGCUAAAAUAGAAAUUAUGGAGUUUGUCAAUUUCUUAAAGAACCCCCAACAGUAUAUUGAUUUGGGAGCAAAGAUCCCGAAAGGCGCCAUGCUGACCGGACCACCGGGCACCGGUAAAACUCUCCUUGCUAAGGCGACGGCCGGAGAAGCCAAUGUUCCUUUCAUUACCGUGUCAGGGUCGGAGUUCUUAGAAAUGUUCGUCGGAGUUGGUCCUUCCCGUGUGCGUGACAUGUUUGCUAUGGCCCGGAAGCACGCGCCCUGUAUAUUGUUCAUCGAUGAAAUCGAUGCUGUUGGACGAAAACGUGGCGGAAAAAGCUUCGGCGGUCACUCGGAGCAGGAGAACACUUUGAACCAAUUGCUCGUCGAGAUGGACGGGUUCAAUACUACCACCAACGUCGUUGUUUUGGCUGCUACCAAUCGAGUUGACAUCCUGGAUAAGGCACUGCUACGUCCCGGACGCUUCGAUAGACAAAUUUUCGUACCAGCACCGGACAUCAAAGGUCGUGCCAGUAUUUUCAAAGUGCAUUUGGGUCCACUGAAGACUGACUUGAACAAAAUGGAUUUGGCGAGAAAAAUGGCUGCACUCACACCUGGUUUCACUGGAGCUGACAUUGCCAACGUUUGCAAUGAAGCUGCUUUAAUUGCCGCUCGUGACUUGAACGAGUCUAUUAAUUUGAAACACUUUGAACAAGCAAUAGAGCGUGUUAUUGCAGGAAUGGAAAAGAAGACAAACGUCCUGUCACCGGAUGAGAAACGCACGGUUGCAUACCAUGAAGCUGGCCACGCCGUAUCCGGUUGGUUCCUAGAGCAUUCCGAUCCUCUGCUCAAAGUUUCAAUUAUUCCUCGCGGAAAAGGGCUUGGUUACGCACAGUACUUACCGAAGGACCAAUAUCUGCUGACCACCGAACAACUAUUCGAUCGCAUGUGCAUGACCCUUGGUGGCCGAGUUUCGGAGGAAAUUUUCUUCAACAGGAUUACCACUGGUGCUCAGGAUGACCUUAAGAAGAUCACCGAUAGUGCUUAUGCCCAGGUAUUUUUCAUAUCAUACGAUAUAGUUCGUAGCCUUAAUAGGCUAUAAUGUUUUGCCUCAUUU